CCAACGCAAAACUGCAAGCGGCCAAGUGCACAAGAAAAGAGCUCUUUUUUUUCUUUCUGUCUUUGAUUUGUAAAUACCUCCGUUGCAGUGCAACAACUUCCAGGCUUGUAUCUUAUAACCAUCAAACAUUUACAUGAGAAAGUUGACAAAGGCUGAAACAGCGGAGGAGGCCUUGCAACAAAGAGGCCCUUUUAUAGUGUACAGUCAGGGAGAGGGAGGGUAGGAGGAGAAGCUGGGAGGAGAGUUGAAUUAAUGAAUUAAAAAUGUCGUGAAACAGCGGCUGUCUGAAUAGUUUUGGGUUUAUAUAGCGAGGCGUGCAGGGGGGUCCGGGAGGAGUGGACAGCACAGGCUUCUUUAACUUCUCUCUGUCCGAGCACACAGGGCUCUCUCUCUGCUUCACAUGCAAGAAGAAGAAGGGGAAUCGCAAACUGUGCUCAUCUGAUUACAUAAUGACCCACUAACAGUGAGCCAGAACCGGUACUGCCAGUACCAGUGUGCCGGGAGACACCGACCGAACACCGGUCAAUACUCGUCCAGGCCUCUCUUCUGACGGCGUUUUUUCUUUUUUAAAAUACAAGAUGACAACGACGUAGAGGGACUGCAAGAGAAAAAACAUGCAAACAAUGUGAUGUCAAAGUGAGAGAGAAAGUAAUUAAAUCUUCAAGUUUCCAAGCUGUGGUCCAAGUGAACUUCUGUUACAGAGUCAGCAGAGAGUGCCCGCCAUGACCUCAGCCACUCCCCCCUCCUCUGAGAGUUCCUCCCCUCAGAAAGUAUGCCACUCCCAGACACAGACUGACAUCACCAAGCCCCUGCUGGGCUCCACAGGGGGGAACGGAGGUGCUGGUGCAGGUGGAGUAGGAGCAGCAGCCGGAGGGCCCAAUGCACUGCGAAGGAGGCGCCGUGUGCUCUCCAAAGAUGGACGAAGCAAUGUACGAAUCGAGCAUGUAAGUGGACGAGGGGCGCUGUACCUCCGGGACCUAUGGACGACUUUCCUGGACAUGCAAUGGCGCUACAAGUUCUUCCUUUUUGCUGCCACCUUUGCUGGGACCUGGUUCCUGUUUGGAGUGCUCUGGUACCUAGUUGCAAUGGUGCAUGGAGAUCUGCUGGAGUUUGAUCCCCCCUCCAACCAUACCCCAUGUGUAAUGGAGGUGAAGACCCUGACGGGAGCCUUCCUUUUUUCUUUGGAGUCUCAGACCACAAUUGGUUACGGCUUCCGGUGCAUCACAGAAGAGUGUCCUGUGGCCAUUGUCCUGCUCAUCUUUCAGCUGGUCAUCACCAUGGUGAUGGAGAUCUUCAUCACAGGCACCUUUCUGGCAAAGGUCGCUCGUCCCAAGAAGAGAGGCGAGACAGUGAAGUUUAGUCAACAUGCUGUUGUGUCAAAUCAUGAGGGUCGGCCCUGCCUCAUGAUCAGAGUUGCCAACAUGCGCAAAAGCCUGUUGUUAGGAUGCCAGGUGACGGGGAAGUUCCUUCAGACGUCCCUGACAAAGGAGGGUGAGACAGUACGGCUGGACCAGCGAAACGUGCCUUUCCAGGUGGACACGUCCAGCGACAGCCCAUUCCUCAUCAUCCCCUUGACUUUCUACCACAUCAUUGACGACAACAGCCCCCUCAGGGCCUGGGCGGCAAAAGGCGGAGGCUGGACAGACCCAGAGCUGGCUGACUUUGAGCUGCUGGUGAUCUUGAGCGCCACAGUUGAGCCAACGUCCGCUACCUGCCAGGUUCGGACCUCCUAUCUUCCAGAUGAAAUCCUCUGGGGCUACGAGUUUCCCCCCGUUGUCUCUCUGUCUCCCUCAGGAAAAUAUGUAGCCGAUUUUGCCUUCUUUGACAAAGUGGCCAAAACCAAAACACCACCCUUCUUCAAGCAGUCCCUGUCACCAAGCCCGCCGUCACGGGCGUCCCGUCACCGCAGCGGCAAGGAGGAUGGGACGGAUCCAGAAAAGAUACGACUAGAAGAGAGCUACAGGGGGGAAGAGAGGGGUCGAGAAAGAGGGCGCAUCAGAGAUAGCAGCCCGCUGAGUGUGCGCAUUAGUAAUGUAUGAGGAGAAAGAAAAAGGUUACAGUAAGCUGAUGUGAAACUGAGAUUAGGUCAACACAGGAAGACAAGAAACAAGCUGCUCAACCGAAGAAGUCAAACACUCUCAUAAAAGAAUAUCUCCUCCACCCUCACUACGCCUACGCACACUGAACACCUUGGAGGCUUUUCACUACACCCCCCCCUCAACCGCACACAAACACUGCCUACAAUGUGCUCCUGUAACCACAGGACUGUGGGGAUAACACACUGAUCAUAUCUGUGUCUGCAAACCAACAAAGGGAGCGAAUUACAAACCCAACAUGUACAAAUGUGCAGCACAGCAUCAAGUCAUCUGUUUUCUAUACUUUUUUUUUUUUUUUUUUUUUUUUUUUUUUGGAAAGGACUUGAUUCACUGUAACUGGAGGAUACUCAAACACCAAAAAUCACCUCAGGUCAUUUCUGUCUUUAAUUUAGCCAUAUUUUUCCAAAUUAAAUCAACUUCUGUCAAGAGUUUGCUAGAAAUGAUGUCUCUUCUUUGAACCAAGACAGAAGGAAGGUUAAAAUAAAACUAAAUUACAGACAAAUUGACUUUAUGAGAUGAUUUUUGCAGUGCACUUGGAUGUCUGAACUGGAUGUUAAUCACUGAAUCACAGUACUGUUUUUUUCUUCUUUUUUUUAAAUUAAUAAAAUACCUGCAACAGGUGGCGAAAAUACUGGAACCAUAUUUUUUUAACGAAGGAUUUUAAAAGGAAUGUAUCAUAUUUUAUGUACCCAAUAGUUUCUAACAACAUUGUUACUUGUUGCACAUGAAAAUACUGUGCUCUGUGAUAUGAAUGUUUCUCGUUUAUUGGGGUAAAAUACUUUUUUAGUAAUAUUACUAAAAGCACUUUAACUUGAAAGAAAAGUGGCAUUAUUCACAAGGGAAUAACUGAACUAACUUUGAUACUUAAUGCACUGUAAUAAAUGAUUAAAUCUUGUAGUUAUGUUUGGGGUUUGUGAGUGUGAGUGUGUGGUUUUAUGCUUGAGAAUGGAUAAUUUUGUGAAUGUGAUAAUACUGAAGUUUUUUGUGACCUGCCUUAAAUUUCAUGUACAGUAUGUGUGCGUGUGUGUGUGUGUUAAUGUAUCUCUGUACAGUGUAUUUUUUUUUAUGUCCUGACAUUUGAUACACAACUCCACAUUUUCAAUAUACCCUAUGAAUUGUUGUUAGCGCACAAUGUUAUUUCUGUAAAGUACACACAUCUUUUUACUGCUGUAUUUAUUUUCAUACGGUGGUUAUGAAAGUGUCUGUGGAUUCUGCCAAUGUGUGCCUAAUCAACUGACUUUUUGUAUUAGAUUAGUGCAUAUAUUUGGUUAAAAAUAACCAAUUUCUUGGUUUAUUGUGGUAAAAAUUAUUGGAUAUCUGAAUUUUUAAGUGAAGGAAUCAGGAAGAAUUAACAGAAAACCUUUUUUUUCUAUACGUAUUUUUGUUUGAAUGCCCCAUAAAGUGUGAUUUUAAAAAUCAGUAUAUUAUACAUCUGAUGAUUUGUUUUAAAUCCGUGCUCUUGAUAAUAAUAUAAGAUUAAGUGCCACUAUUCAAAUGAAAUCCUCUGCUGCUCCACACAAGCCCAAUGAAAAACAAAAUAUGAUGUGUGCGUGUUUAUUCUGCAAACCCUACUGUAUAUGGAUCACUCAUAAUACUGGAAGCUCAUUGGUCUAACUUUUUAAAUAAGCACUUUUUUAAGUGGCUCUUUUAAUAAAUGUAUUAUUUACAACA